CCAGACGGCGUUUGCCUCAUGUACCAUGCUAAAUCAACAAGGAGAGAAAGCUGAAAAUCCACGGUAUUUUUACCUCUGCCCCUUCCAUUUCACAUCUCUUAUUCUCCUUUGCCUCUUAACCCUCUCUCUCCCUCUCUGUGUCUUUGUAGAACCCUAAAGCUCCAGCUAUUCUGUACUGUACUGUACUGUUCUCCAAAUGGGUAUUCAUGGACCUCUGUUUAUGAUUGUAGCUGUUUUAGCUUUAGCUCCAUGUUUCGCCUCUGCUGGAGAUAUAGUACAUCACGACGAUGUAGCUCCCAAGAGGCCUGGUUGCGAAAAUAACUUUGUUCUGGUAAAAGUCCCUGCUUGGGUUGAUGGUGUGGAAGAUAUAGAGUAUGUUGGUGUUGGUGCUCGAUUUGGUCUUACUUUGGAAUCAAAAGAAAAACAUGCCAAUAAAACUAGACUCGUUUUGGCAGACCCACCUGAUCUUUGCAGACCACCCAAAAAUAAGCUCAACGGAGAUGUCAUUCUGGCGCACCGAGGUAAUUGCAGCUUCACAACCAAGUCAAAUAUUGCUGAAGACGCUAAUGCUUCAGCUAUUCUUAUAAUAAACUAUCGAACAGAACUUUUUAAAAUGGUUUGUGAAGCAAAUGAAACUGAUGUAAGAAUAGGCAUUCCUGCUGUCAUGCUUCCACAGGAUGCUGGUGCAAGCUUGGAAAAUUAUAUAAAGAAUAGCUCUGCAGUUUCUGUGCAGCUAUAUUCUCCACAGCGGCCACUUGUUGAUGUUGCAGAAGUGUUUUUGUGGCUCAUGGCUGUUGGUACCAUCUUAGGUGCUUCUUAUUGGUCUGCAUGGAGUGCCAGAGAAGUGGCUAUAGAGCAGGACAAGCUUUUGAAGGAUGCUUCAGGUGAUUUUACGCUCAAAGAAGGUGUUAAAUCUAGUGGUGUGGUUAACAUCAACACAACAUCUGCCAUUCUAUUUGUUGUGAUUGCUUCAUGUUUCUUGGUCAUGCUUUACAAACUUAUGUCAUUGUGGUUUAUGGAUGUUCUGGUGGUUCUGUUCUGCAUUGGUGGGAUAGAGGGCUUGCAAACUUGCUUGGUAGCUUUGUUAUCAUGUUUCAGAUGCUUUCAACAUGCUGGAGAAUCAUUUAUUAAAGUUCCCUUCUUUGGAGCUGUAUCAUAUUUGACCUUGGCCGUCUCUCCCUUUUGCAUAGCAUUUGCUGUUGUCUGGGCAGUUUACCGUCGUGUCUCCUUUGCCUGGAUAGGUCAAGAUAUCCUUGGCAUUGCGCUAAUCAUCACAGUUCUUCAGAUUGUUCAUGUACCGAAUCUCAAGGUUGGAACAGUUCUUCUCAGUUGCGCAUUCUUGUAUGACAUCUUCUGGGUAUUUGUUUCCAAAUUGUGGUUCAAGGAAAGUGUGAUGAUAGUGGUAGCUCGUGGUGAUAAGAGUGGAGAGGAUGGUAUACCAAUGCUUUUGAAAAUCCCUCGUAUGUUUGAUCCUUGGGGUGGCUAUAGCAUUAUUGGAUUUGGUGAUAUCAUCUUACCAGGAUUGCUUGUUGCUUUUGCAUUAAGAUAUGAUUGGCUGACAAAGAAGAAUCUCCGCGCAGGAUAUUUUCUGUGGGCAAUGACUGCUUAUGGUUUAGGUCUCCUAAUCACAUAUAUAGCUUUGAACAUGAUGGAUGGCCAUGGCCAGCCAGCACUGCUCUACAUUGUUCCGUUCACACUUGGCACCUUCUUGACACUGGGAAAGAAGAGAGGUGAUCUCAAAGCUCUAUGGGCACCCGAGCGAUCCUGUCCACACAUCCAGUUUCAGCCGUCUCAAUCUUAAUAACACAUAAGUCCAUGAACACGCACCUCAUUGUAAUUGUAUUAAUUUUAGGCUGUCCAGUAGAUUAAGGAACAAAAAAACGUUUACCUGUAUAAGGUGUAGGAGGGCGAGAGAUCUUCUGAUACAUAACAUUAGUAUAAAAGAUUACCAACUGCGAGUGGGAAUUAAAGUUAAUAUUAAAUUAGUUAAUAACUGAAA